AUGCAGCUUGACUUUGUCGCGAAACACUAUGGAGAAUUCAGCCCGCAGAUACGACAGACCUCAGCUCGCCUAGACAAGUUUUUUGCAGCCCCACGCCUUGUUCUCCAGUCUGCAUCUGUCAUCUUUCGAUCCUACACCAGCCCCAAAUUCCUCCAAAUGUACUUCCUCGAGCCCAGCACGUGGCUGUUGUCUCACGGAAGCUGGAAGACCGAUGGGCACUGCCAAGCGCCUACAGCCGAUGAGACACAUUCGCGCCAGCAACUACCUACUGCGGCAACAUCCGGCGAGGAGCUGCGUACUCCGUCCUUCGUAGACGUCCUUCAUGAUGGGAGUUUCAAGUGA